AAAUGCAAAAAAAGCUUGAGUCUUCGGAAUAGAAAGUACAUACAAUAUGGUGGUGCUAGCUAGGAUUCGUCUCACAUUGUGCCACACUGCCACCCCGCAACGAGCAAAAAGAGUUUCUCCUGUUGCACACGAGGUAGUCUACGUCCACAAAAACAAGAUCCGGCAUAGAUUCCCCGGCUUCGACGGCUUUAUUAAGCUUUGUAUCGGCGGAAUUGAUGGUGCUACCACUUCUUGUAAGAUCUUACUACCGCACCUAGUUGUUGUGGUUACCGAAUACAAUAAUUCCUGCUUCAGUACUACGUAGUAUGUAUCACCAAAUCAAACGUUCCUUCAACGAUUUUUGCAACUUCAAUGCUUUUGAUACAUAUCAGCUUGCGUUGAAUAAUACUAUCAGCUAAGGUAGUACCACCAACUAUACAAACGAAAGGUACCUAACAAUUUAUCAGAGUAUCUUGUGAAGAGGCUCAAUCAUAUCUCACGGAACUUUAUCAGAUGUGUGAAAUAUCUGGAGUAUUGAGAUAGAUACUUCGACCCGGUUUCCCACAUCAGUUGUCUCUGUAACUUUGGUUUGUCCCACGGUUCAAUCUGAAAAAUUGUGGCGUGCUUAGGAUUCCCUCUUAUUCUGAUUCAUUACUUAUCGCAAUGUCAUCAGGACUUCAACUUACCCCAGGUACGGACCCGAUUUGUGAAGUAAACAUCACGAUCACUGAGGUAUCAUCACUCUAUCCUUCAAAUGAUGAUGUUCUCGAUAAGAAGAAACAGACCACAGAGCCUAUCAUGCAUGAGCACGAUCUCAAUAAUGGUGACUUGACUACCGUAAAUUGGUCAGUCGACCCGCAAAAUCCAAUAAACUGGUCUUCUAUGCGCAAAUGGACGACGGUAUCACUCCUUGUUAUCACAAAUUUCAUAGCGUAAGUCUACCACCAACCUACACACUGUAAACAACUCACACGGGUAGCUAACUAAUUGCAGAGCAACAUGUACCUCAGCAUUCGAACCGGCCCUGCCUGCCAUAAUGGCCGAUUUCCACUCAACAAACGAUUCAAUCGCCUCUCUCACCGUCUCUAUCUACACCAUAGGCUAUUGCUUAGGACCUCUUGUCAUCGCUCCCAUUAGUGAAUUAUAUGGUCAUGUGACGGUACUAUAUCCUGGGUAUAUUGGUUUUAUGUUGGCUCUAGCUGUAUGUGGUUCGAGCAGGAGUCUUCCGUUAUUCAUUGUGUUUCGUGCUGUUAUGGGCCUUGCGGCUAUCACGUUUGUGCUCAUGGGUCCGGCCAUAGUGGCUGAUCUUAUACCGAGAGAAAGGAGAGGGUUUGCCUUGAGUAUUAUGUCUGCAGGUCCUGUUGUUGUAUGUAUUGUAUCGCGCUCUUGUGUUAAACAUAGGUUCUCGCUGACUACUUAUAGGGUCCCACGAUUGGUUAGUGUUCAUUCUUAUGCUCACUUUAUAUCGUUAAUUUAUGAUUCUAGGUCCUGUAAUCGGUGGUUAUAUUGUGGAAAAUAUAAGUUGGAGAUGGACUUUCUAUUCAACAUUGAUUGUUGUGAGUUAUCUUUGAACAUAGCAUUUCCAAAUAUCUAACCAUUCAAAAGUUUGGUGUUUUAUUUUCUCUAUCUAUCAUCAUUCUCAAGGAAACUUAUGGGCCAGUAGUCCUAAGUCGAAAGCAAAGCAAGGGGGAGAAACACAUACCCAAAAGCCACAAAACCACAAACCAGAAAACUCCCCGAGAUAUUCUAAAAGCAGCUUGGAUCCGACCCCUCAAAAUGCUUUUCCUCUCCCCCAUAGUUCCAUUCGUGGGCUUCUACAGCGCCCUCAGCAACGCCUACGGAAUGAUAUGUUUCGCCACUCUCGGCACCGUUUUCCAAAACAACUACUCCUUUACUCCCGGGCAGAGCGGCCUCGCCUACUUCGGCCUCAUGCUCGGAUUUCUCUUCUGCCAAUUUACCCUUGCUCAAUUUUCCGACCGCUACAUGCUGAGAAUAGAAGCGAAAUACAACGACAAAAAACCCGAAUACCGCCUCCCACCCAUGUUCAUCGGUGCAUUUCUCCUCCCCAUCGGAUUCUUCUGGUACGGAUGGUCCCUUGAAUAUCAUACCCAUUGGAUUAUUCCAAUCCUAGGUAGCUCAGUCAUUGCAAUCGGUAUCCUAUUCAGCUAUCUACCAGUGCAGAUGUACCUUGUAGAUACAUAUACCAUCUAUGCCGCGAGCGCGACUGGAGCAUGCACCAUCAUCCGAUCUAUUUGUUCAACGUUGGUUCCGUUGAGCGCUAAUCCGCUAUAUGAUCAUUUGGGGUAUGGAUGGGGGAAUAGUGUUUUGGCUUUUAUUGCUAUAGGGUUUGUGCCGAUAGCGUUAUUGGUAUUGAGAUAUGGAGAGAGGAUUCGAACGAAUCCUCGCUUUCAGCCGAAGUUGUGAGGAAAAUUUGAGAAGUGUUGUGGUCUAUUUAUUAGGUAGUUGUGGCGUGUUCAGAGGGGAUUAUAGAGUCAAAAUCUUAAGAAAUACUUGGAAUUCAUAAAGUCGAAGAGUGGAGCAAGGAGCUGGGCCGGAGUAGGUUAAAAUAAUUAGUGGUGCAACGAGUAUAUGCACGAAUUUGCAGUGGAAAAUGAUGGGC